UGGUAAGUUACGUCUUAGAAAACGACUGCGUUUGAUAUAGGAGAAGAGAGGGAAAAAAAGAAAACAGAAGCGAAGAAGAGGUUGUUUCUUAAUACCAGAUCGUAAAUUUCACAUUUCCUCUCUGCCACCCUGCAAUUACCAUCCAACACUUUUCUGUUAUUCACCUUGCUCUGCUACUACCGCCGUGGCCGCACAGCCAACCACCACCGGAGCCACAACUCUCUCUGAAAACAACGCGCCUCCCGCCACAGCGCCAAGCCCUCGCCUCCGCCUUCUCUGUCAUUCACCUUGCACUUCUACUCUCAAUUCCCUUUAUUUUUCCAUCGCGCUGCUCCCACACGGUCAGCCAUCCCCGGAACUACAAAUGCUUCUCAACUCACGCCACACAGGCAAACCCUCACAGCAGCCUGCAAUAUUCGCUGUCUCUUCUAUUCUCACAUGUCUUUGUUUCUUUACUAUUUCCCUAAAUUAAGUGUUCUUUUACUUUUGCUUGCAGAUUCUGAUCACAACCGAGUGAAACUUAUGCGUUCGAUUUCAAUUUAGUCCAACAUUUCCUGAAUAUUCUGAAACAUCAAAACACCCUUCCGGACAUGGCUGAUAAUAUUGUUACUUCUGCCAAAUCUUCUACUCCUUCGCCGAACCCUAUUCGGAUAAUCUGCCACGUAUGCCAGAAGCAGUUUUCUCAGUACACGUGUCCUCGAUGCAAUUCACGAUACUGCUCCCUCCAAUGUUACAAAUCUCAUAGUCUCCGUUGCACUGAAUCCUUCAUGAAAGAAAAUGUAGUUCAAGAGCUUCAGCAAAUGCAGCCUGAUGAACAGACCAAAACCAAGAUGUUGGACAUACUGAAAAGAUUUCAUUCGGAAGAGGAAAUGGAUGAGGAUUCUUUUGCAGAUUCAACUUUAUCCGAGGAGACAAUGGAAAAACUUUUGUCUGGACAAGAAAUCAGCUUUGAUGAUUUAUCUCUUGAAGAAAAGAAACAGUUUCAUAGAGCAAUUGCUUAUGGGGAAUUGAGCAAGAUGAUUAAACCAUGGGAUCCAUGGUGGUCAAAGCCUUCUGCCAGAAAAAUCCGUCUCAGUAGUGAAGGAACUCAGCUCGUUCAACUACUUCCUGAGAAGGAAUUGCCAGAUGAUAUUGGAGCUGAAGAAUUCAGUGAAGUUCCUACCGGGCCUGAAACCCCGCUUCCUCCUCUAAGCAGUCUUAGUUCUAGGGAGCCAUCGCCCCUUUUGACUGUUCACCUAGUUGAUAUUCUAUACAGCUACUGUUUCACCCUUCGUCUCUACAAUGGAGAUUGGAGGUCAGAUGCCCUUGGGUCAGUCACAGUUGUAUUGAGUCUGUCCUCGGUGUUGGGUCAAGGUGCUCAGCCAGAGACAGUGCUAGAAGCCCUUUCUCAUUUCUUGGAGCAGGUAUGCUGUCCAGCUUACAGACACGUGGGAGGAUUGCAAUUUGGUUUGAGUGUCAUUGAUGAUGUAAUCAGUCUACUUAGUUUGGGAACUUCUGCUUUGGUAUGUGCCCUUUGUGAUAUGCAUCGGUUGAUUCAAGAAGGGGAAAAAGAGGCCAGAUCAGAAAGGCCAAGAAAGUCACGGAGGGAUGGGAUUCGAAGGGCUAUAAAGCUAGCAGAAAGGAAGAUAUAUUUCAUCAUGUGUUGGGUUCAUGAGCAGCCAGAGGAAGCCUGGUCUUCUUUAGCUGCCAUUGUAAGAGCAGAAAAGGCAUCAGCCAUGGAAUUUCAGUCGAGCAAUAAAAGUGAAAAGUUGAACAAUAAAGCAGAGGCCAAAGGCAAACGUUUAAUUGAGGAGAUUUAAUGAUUUUUGCUCUCUCUCUCUCUGUCUUUGUAAGAUUAAUCUUUUAUGUUAUGAUAAUUACGGGCUUCAAUGAUUU